AUGGACUCCAGAGACGUCGACGUGCUCGUAUGCGGAGGAGGAAUGUCAGGCAUGGCCUGCGCUUCCUUUGCAGCACAAGCUGGAGCUCGAGUUUUGGUGGUUGAAAAGCAGAACAAUGUGGGCGGAUCAUCAAACUACUCUGCGGGAAUGUUCUGGGGACCCCAGACCUAUGAGAAAUUGAGGUCCUGGGUUCCUGAUGGCGAUCCAGAACUCCAGCGUGCAUGGUUGGCCGACUAUUUAUCUGCCGUGCAAUGGAUGCGCGAAAAGGAAGUCCCUACAGCACCACGAUUUGAUGGGAUCAUGACAAUUGGGAUCGGUUUCCCAAUUAAAAUCCCCCACCUGCACAAUCUUCAUCGCAACCGGAUCGAGUCGAGCAAUACCGGUUCGGAGAUCUGGACAAACUCCACCGUUGUCAAACUUCUUCAGGAAAAUCCGGGUAUUCCGGGAUCUCGCAUCAAGGGUGCAAUUAUUCGCCGCGAGGACUCAAACUACGAAGUCACAGCUCGAACCGUCGUUCUGGCAACCGGUGGAUUCCAGGGCUCGUCUAGCCUUACAGCACAAUACCUCGGCCAGGGUGCGGACAAUAUAUUCGUACGUUCCAACAAAGGCUCCGUCGGCGAUGGCCUGAAUCUCGCGGUCGGAGCGGGCGCAGCAACAAGCAGGGGCAUGAACACAUAUUAUGGACAUCUCAUGGCCGCGCCUCUUCGGGCAGACCAGGUAGACCCCAAGGACUAUCUUCCACUGGCGCAAUAUCAAAGUAAAUAUUGUCUCCUGCUCAACCAGGCCGGUCGCCGUUUCGCGGACGAGACUACCGGCGACGAGAUCGUCAACCAAUACCUCGCAAAACAAGAGAAGCGACGGGGCUUCUUGAUUUUCAACGAGAAAAUUCGCCUCCAGCACUGCGUAUCCGCGUUAUUCCCCAACGCCGGUGAUAUAGAUCGCCUCCAAAAAGCCCGCGAGCAUGGCUGUAAUGUUGGGACCGCGUCUACCCUGGAUGGUCUUGCUCAGAUUCUCGCGGGAUGGGGAGUCGACAGCGUUGGGGCUAAGCGAACAAUUACGCAGUACGAAAGGGUAGUUCGCCACAAGGAUGCUGAACAGGGUCUUGACGCCCCGGUUGGCCCGGUACCCCCGACGCCUUUGGUAGAAGGCGAGGGUCCGUUUUAUGCGAUUGAAGUCCAGCCAUCGAUCACGUUCACCUAUGGUGGGAUUAAGAUCGACAAAGAGGGACACGCCCUAACUUCAGAUAAUGUGCGCAUUCCAGGGCUUCUUGUUGCAGGCGUUGACGCUGGUGGUUUCAGCAAUUUGGGAUACGCGGGUGGACUGGCGCUGGCUUUUGUGACGGGCUUCUGGGCUGCGAGGGAGGUUGCGAAGAAUUUGAGACUCCCUCUGCCUGAGCUUCCGCCAGCUGACCCGAGAGAUGCUGGAAUUUUACCGAUUAAGGGACGUCUUUAG